UUAAAGCGAGCAGCCGGGGGUGGGGAAAGGGCCACCAUUUUAAUGGGCUCGGUCUCCGGUUCCUUUACUGCGGUUUAAAUGCGAUGUAAGCUGCCAAUUCCUCUGAUCGGAAACACUGGGAGCGGCAUUGCUGUUAAUUAAGGUAAAAAAAAUAUAUAAAAAAAACCCGGCGGAUGCGGGCGAUGAUUUCGUGUUUACCGGACGCCUUCCUGCUCAGAUGGCCGCUUUGUGUUAGUUAAUGGUCGUUCGCGAUUCUUUUUUUUUCCUCGGUAAUUUCGGCUUUCCGCCGGCCCGACGCGCAGAUCUGGGCGGUCGCAUAUGCACUUCAGCCGGCCGCUUCGCUAACCCGCACCGGAAAGCGCACUUUUAAAGGACGCUUCGUUGCAAUUUGUUUUCGCGGUGCGACGUCCGCCUUGCAUCGGGCCCCCUGCAUGCCCCCCGGGAGCGCUGCGGCAUGAAAGUGAAGGUGAUCUCCAUCCUGGAGGAUAACUACAUGUAUCUGGUGAUCGACGAGCAGAGCCGGAAGGCCGUAGCGGUGGACCCCGCCGUACCGCACCGGGUGAGGGAGCGAUGCAUGCCGGGCGCGGCGGUGCGCCGGGACUGCUCUUCAUACCGGACAUCUGUCAUAUUAAACUGUAAACUGCUGGAGAUCGUCAAGCGGGAGGGACUGUCUCUCACGGCCAUCCUGACCACCCACCAUCACUGGGACCAUGCCCGGGGGAAUGCGGCGCUGGUGAAGGAGCUGCCGGGUCUCAGGGUGUAUGGAGGGGACGAUCGCAUCGAGGCGCUGACUGAUAAGGUCACCGACCGCCAGGAGCUCAAGUUCCACUCCCUCAACGUCCGCUGCCUCUUCACUCCCUGCCACACCUCUGGUCACAUGUGCUACUUCGUGUGGGAGGACGGAUGCGAUGAUCCCCCGGCAGUCUUCUCCGGGGACACACUCUUCUUGGCCGGAUGCGGGAGGUUCCUGGAAGGAACGGCCGAGCAGAUGCACCGCAACCUGACCGAGGUGCUGGGCUCCCUGCCACAGGAAACGAAGGUCUUCUGUGGGCACGAGUACAGCAUCAAGAACCUGAAGUUUGCAUUGAAGGUGGAGCCAGAUAACGAGAAGGUGAAGGAGAUGCUGAGCUGGGCGAGGGCACGGGACGACGAUGACAAGCCCACUGUGCCGUCCACGCUUGUGGAUGAGUUCCAGUACAACCCCUUUCUGCGGCUUUCGGAGGAGGGAGUUCAGAAAUUCACGGGGAAGACUGACCCCGUGGAGGUGCUGCGGGUACUGCGCAAGGAGAGGGACAGCUUCCGGAAGCCCAAGGAGAGGCUGCCUCCGCAGGCCAUGUUGGCCCUGCAGUGGGGGCUCCUCAGUGCCCCCCCCCGGCUACCGAAGGUCUGAAGGAGGGGUGUGAGGAUCUGCAGAUGAGAGUGAUGGGAAGAUGGACCGCCAUUAGCGGGGAGCAGAGAACGAAGCUGGUGUGCAGCAAAUAGAUUUUUUUUUGAGGGGGGGGAGCAUAGGCAUGAAGUUACUUCAGUAGAGUCUCAGACAGCUUUGUCAUUUUGGGAGGACGGAGCUAGCACAGGCCGCUAAGCUAACAUGUUAAGCCGAAUCUCUUUCAUUGUACUAGGGGAGUGGUCCCUCACUGGUGAUAAUUGGGGGGUGGAUUCACUCUGGGGAUAUCACCAUGUCUUCCCCAAAACACAGGGUUCCUUACAAUGUGACUGACUAAUGCCGCGUUGGGCUUCGUGAGACGUUUUAUGCGUCAUUAGGCACUUAAAUCUUAUGCUCCUCUAUAGCAGUAAUAUAUUUCCGGUUAUUGUAACAAAGAUAAAUUGGCCCGUUGAUCAGGUGACAUUUCGAGCACUAAUGUCAGCUUGUAUGAUUACAAAUGCUGAUUAAAUUGCUGUUUGCAAUGGU